AUGGGUAGAAGAAAAAAAGUUAACAUUAAAACCAAUUUAAUUGUGGAAAAUGUUAUUAGUCCUAUUGAAGAAACAGAUUCUUCAAAUUCAAAUGCAGAUAAAGAAGAUAAGAAACAAAUGGAUGCAUUUAAAUUGUUGAUGGAUUCUCGAAAUAAGGUAAUUGGGUGUAAUUCACCUGGCAAAGAAAAAAAUUCUGAAUGUAAUGUGCAAGAUGUUAUAGAAAAAAAGAAAAUUAAAGCAAGAAGAUUGUUGUCACUGCAAAAAAUGGCACAAGCAAAAGGUGCGCUACAAAAACAAGAGAUGGAAGAAUUAAGAGAAACUUGUAUUAAUCAAAAAAUGGAAGAAAGGGCGAAAAGGUUAAAAAGUAUGAUAACUAAAAAUGAUUUAGCUUUAGCAAAGAAUAUUAAAAAUCCACCCAAACUCAAUACCACAGAUAAAAAGUCUGAUCAAACACAAGUAAGUGAAAUAGGAACUAUUUUGAAUAAUAAAAAUAAUUCUUAUAUUCAUGAUAAAGCUCUUCCUAAUCGUGACUUUUUCGAUAACAGUAUAUCAACAAAUAGCAAUGCUAAUACUACUAUGUCACAAGAGGAAGUCGAAUUUCUCAAAAAAUUAUCACCAUCUUUGAAAAAAAAGGAAAAUAUGCUUUGUUAUUUUAAAAAAGUACCAAAAGACACUGAAAUUUGCAUAGAUAACAGUGAAACCGAAAAUGUUAAUAGUAAUGAAACAACUAUUAAAGUGAAAUUCACACCUAAAACCAAGAAGAAGAAAAAAUUGGGUGGUUUUGAAAAUAAUUUAGUAAAUAGCAACAAAGAUAUUAAAAGUAAGCCUAAGAAUAAUAAUAUUGCGAAAGAGGUUUGUCUUUCUGAAAAUUCUACAGUAAAUGAAAACACAGAUGAAGAAAGAAAACGGAAAAGAAAGAAACAUAUUAAAGAAAGUUUAAAUGUUGACUCUGUAGAAAAAUUAUCACCCAAUGAUAGACCUAAAAGGAAUAUAAAAAAACCUUUGAAAUAUGUAGAUGACAUUUUCGUAAGUUCAGAUGAAGAAUUACAUAUUUUCACACCAAAAAAGAAGAAAAACAUGGAGAUUAAAAAUCGUUUAUUACAGGGCAAUAAUGAUAAUAAUAUUAAUGAAACUAAGUAUCAAAUAUCUAAAGAAAUUAGUAUACAAUAUGUAAAUAAAACUAAGUCCAAACCUAAUAGAACAGUCAUUGUUCAAGAUAAAAAGCCACCAAAAUUGGCACCAAUUUUUGCAACAAAAUCACAAGUGACUGCUGAGGAGCUUAUAGCUAAACAAAAAUUUCUUCGUAGUGGAAUACCCAGUCAUAUUAAGAAGAAUACAAGUCAGCAAGCUAUUAGUACAUUGGGUUGUGAUAUUUUUCAUACUGUGGUUCAUGUUCAACAAAUAGUACCUAAAGCUGAUGCAAAUGUCAACAGUUUAACUUCUUCAGUGCCAGUAAUAGAAUGUGAUGAUAAAUUAAAAGUCGCAAAUGUUUUACCCAAUUUAUUUAAAAAUCUGUUAAUAUCUGAUAUUGAGAAGAAAAAUAUUAUAACAGAGAAUAGGAGUAAUGUUGAAGCUAUAUUGCAUUCUAUGAAACAAAUGUAUUCAAAGUUUCCAGUAUAUCGUACAUAUCACUUAUUGAAAGCUAAAAGUAGAGGAGAGUUUGGGGAUUCAAACUACACUAAUAUAGAUAAUAGUAUGGAAAUAAUAAAUGGAUGUGUAGACACAUGUAAUGACAACCCAGAUAAAUUGAAAUGGACAGAUAAAUAUAAGGCAAGAUCAACUAAACAGUUGAUAGGAAACUUUGAGAGUAUCAAAGAAUUAAAAAAAUGGUUGGUAUCAUGGACUGAAAGUGAUGUUUCAGUAAGGCAUGAUUCUGAUUCAUCAGACUUUUAUCACUCUGAUAGUGAUAGUGGUGAUGCAAUAAGAAUGAGAAAUAACCUGCUCAUACUAACUGGUAAAACCGGCACAGGAAAAACAUCCAGUGUGUAUGCUGUUGCUUCUGAAUUAUCAAUAAAGGUUAUUGAAGUCAAUGCAAGUAACAAGAGAACUGGUAAAAUAAUGCUACAAGAUUUACAGGAAGCAACACAGUCUCAUAAAGUAGAUCGUCAACGAGAUUGCAUUGAUAAUUCUCAGAAAUCUUUAGAUAAGGAUGCUAAUGCUUUACUAAAGGUUAAAAAACGUGGGAGACCUGCAAAGAAUAAAGAGAUUUUAUCUCAAAGUUGUUCCAGUACCAUAAAGAAAGAUACCAAUAGUGAACCUUUUUCUAGCCAGGAAAGUUUGAGAACUGGCAUGUCUCUCAUUCUUAUUGAUGAUGCAGAUAUUGUGUUUGAACAGGAUGAUGGAUUUUGUUCUGCAAUUGCGCAGCUAAUUCAUAGUUCCAAGCGUCCAGUAAUUUUAAUAGCUGAGUCAUCGCAGUGCCCUCAUUUGCAGAAAUAUUUGAAAUAUGGGCAAAUCAUAAACAUGCAGCCCCUACUCCCUAGAAUGCUUGGCACAUGGUUAGAUAUCAUGUGUUUGGCUGAUAGUGGCACUUGCUAUCCAGGAUUAGGAGCUAUGUUAUUGGACUUUUUCAAGGGUGAUAUUAGGAAGUCCAUUAAUUGCUUGCAAUAUUAUAUGACAUCGCAGAAGUACAUCAGUAAACAGGAAGAUGCCUCCCAAGGAAGUGAAUUUAAUGAUAAACAAGAUGUAAAUGAUGAAAAUUCUAGUAUGUCGUGGGCAGUGAAUGAAGAUUUUGAAGAAAAAAUUUCAUAUGCAAAUACUUCUUGCAACUCUAGCGAAAACAUCCAAUAUUUUAUGGAUAAACAGUUAAACUUGCAGUAUCCAUCACCUUCCCUUGUAUUUAAUGUUUGGUGGAGUAUGCUGAAACUCCUGAGUCAUAAUAUGUAUGAUAUAAAAAUACCACUAUGUAAACAUACUGACAUGGAAACAAAUCAAAGAAAUAUUUUAAAGCUACAAGUACAUGCUUCAACAUUAGACACAAUUUCACUGCUUGACUGUUUAGAAAAUACUACAGCAGAGUGUCAAUCAAACAUCACAUCAAACCCUUGGUUCUCUCCUGAAAAUGAUAGUUUAAUUGAGACUGAGAAUUUUGAAUGUUAUGAUAGAAAUAAUGAAAUUAGACAAGAUAUUUCUCAAUGGCUAAUGACCAGUAGUAUUAGAAAUGCACAAACAAAAUUAGGAUGUGAACAUAAGACUGAUCUACAAUUUCCCUCAAUGACUUGGCAAAGGGAUAGAGACAAGAUAGUAAGCCGACAUAAGAACUUAGCCAGCUAUUUAAAUCUUUCAUCUAUGAUGGAUCGAAAAGCUGUUGCCCUUGAUUACUGGUCAAGUUGUCGCACUAUAUGCAGACUGGAAAAAAUAAAGACAGAUUCAAACAGUAAAAGAAAUAACAGUUCUAUAAGAAGUGAGCUGAGUAAUGGUGUUGUCGCCAAACAGGCUUUAAAUCUCUCACAACAGUCAAGGCCAAGUCCGGGCGGCCAGGGUUACGAUGGAGCAAAUCUCAUGUCGGUUGUAUAUGGAUGCUUACAAACCCUUAUAAAAGAGCAUGCCCCAAAUGCCAAUUAUGUGUUCAUCGUGCGGCACACGCAGUAA